AUGGAGUUCCCAGCUGAUGCCAUCCUGGGGGGCCUGCAGCGCUUCCAGCUGUACAAUAACUCAGUGUUCCAGCAUAACUUCAGUGGGGUCUACAAUGACACCGAUGCCUUCCUGCCCACCGGGGUGAAGGUCACCAUCGUGGUCGUCUACAUGAUCGUAUGUGUUGUUGGACUUGUGGGCAACUGCCUGGUCAUGUACGUCAUUAUAAGAUACACAAAGAAGAUGAAGACGGCCACAAACAUCUACAUUUACCUGGCCCUAGCAGACUCCCUGGUCUUGGCAACUUUACCCUUCCAGGGUACUGAUGUGUUCCUGGGUUUCUGGCCGUUUGGUAACACACUGUGCAAGGCAGUGGUGUCUAUUAUAGACUACUACAACAUGUUCACCAGCACCUUCACCCUGACGGUGAUGAGCAUGGACCGAUACAUCGCCGUCUGCCACCCGGUCAAAGCCUUGGACAUGAGGACGCCUCACAAAGCCAAGGUGGUCAACAUCUGUGUGUGGGUGUUGGCAUCUGCCAUUGGUGUCCCGGCCAUGGUCUUGGGAGAUGUGGAGGUAGAGCUAGAACAUAACAGUGUGGAGUGUAUAGUUGUCUUACCAGACCCUAAGAACUACUGGGACCCUGUGUUUGGCACCUGUGUCUUCCUCUUCUCCUUCCUCAUCCCGGUCGCUAUCAUAAGCAUUUGUUACAGCCUGAUGGUAAAGCGCCUGCGCAGUGUCCGCAUUCUUUCCGGUUCCAAGGAAAAGGACCGCAACCUGCGCCGCAUCACCAGGAUGGUCCUUGUGGUCGUGGCAGCCUUUGUUGUCUGCUGGACACCUGUCCAGAUCAUGGCCCUGGCCCAGUCACUAGGCUUCAACUUGGGCAGCCUCUUCACUGUAGUGCUGAUGCACUUCUGCAUUGCACUGGGUUAUGUCAACAGCAGCCUGAACCCAGUGCUGUAUGCUUUUCUGGAUGAGAACUUUAAACGCUGCUUCCGUGAGUUCUGCCACCCGUCACCCUUCCGCCUGGACACCCAGCAGUCAGGCAGGAUUAGGAGCAUCGCCAGAGAGGUGGCAGCAGCCUAUAGUUGCAAGGCUGGAGAUGGUGGGGGGCCUGGCGGAGGGACACCUAAUCCAGCAUGACUAGGCGUGGAUCUCCCCCUGAUGGGGGUGGACGCCCCACAGAGGGGAGAGAAUCCAGGGACGGGGAACUCCAACACAGAACUGACCCAGAUCACAGCACUCUAGCGGUGCGAGCCCCCCCGCCCUUUAACUAGAAGGCUAGCAUGGGGCGGGGGGGA